AUGACGAGAGAAAACGCUGUAAUAGUCGUGCUCGUAAGGAAUGAAGAAUUGCCGAAUUUACUGUCUUCUAUGAGACAGUUUGAAGACCGAUUUAAUAAAAAAUUUCAAUACCCUUAUGUAUUCCUAAACGAUAAAAAAUUCACCAAAGCCUUCAUUCGAGCGACGACUGCUAUUACAACCGCUGAAACAAAAUAUGGGAUAAUACCAAAUGAAAUGUGGAGUUAUCCAAAAUGGAUAAAUCAAACUAAAGCAAGCGAUGCUCGUCAAAAGAUGCAAGAAAAUAAUGUGUUGUACGGUGGCUCGGAAUCUUAUCGUCAUAUGUGCCGGUUUAAUUCUGGAUUCUUUUUUCGUCAUGAACUAUUAGAACAAUAUGAUUAUUAUUGGAGAUUAGAACCUGGAGUUGAAUUUAUGUGUGAUAUAGAUUAUGACGUAUUCAAAUUUAUCAAAAAGAACAAUAUAACGUACGGCUUUACGAUUUCGCUCUUGGAAUUAGAAGAGACCAUUCCUACCCUAUGGGAUACUGUGAGGGAGUUCAUGAAAGAAUAUCCGGAAUAUAUAAAUAAAAAUAAUGUGAUGAAUUUCAUAUCAAACUCGGGAAAUUCUUAUAAUAUGUGCCACUUUUGGAGUAAUUUUGAAAUCGCUGAUUUAAAUUUUUGGAGAAGUGAAAGAUAUAUUAAAUUUUUCGAGUACUUAGAUAAAGCUGGAGGGUUUUUCUAUGAAAGAUGGGGAGAUGCUCCAGUUCAUUCAAUUGCACUUGCAUUAUUCUUAGAAAAAUCACAAAUACAUUUUUUUAACGAUAUAUCGUAUCGACACCCUCCAUUUGAACAUUGUCCUAUUGAGAAAAAUGUUCACGAAGAGGGUAAAUGCCAUUGUAAUCCAGAGAAGACAUUUGAUUUUGUGGGGGGUUCUUGUCUAUCAUCUUGGUUCGCAGCUUGA